CUGCGGGGCCAUGGGCGCGGGUUAUAAGCAGCUGCCGCGCCGCCAGCCAGCACCGCACCAAGCACCCUGGUCGGGACGCCCCACCAUGCAGCGCUGCGGGCCCCCCUCAGUGCUGCUGUUGCUGCCGCUGGCCCUGCUGCUGGCGCUGCUGCUGGGGGCGGCCACCGCUGCUCCCUUGGCACCAAGACCCUCCAAGGAAGAGCUGACCCGCUGUCUGGCCGAGGUGGUCACGGAAGUGCUGACCCUGGGCCAGGCCCAGAGAAGCCCCUGCACAGCUCUCCUCCACAAAGAGAUGUGUGAGACAGAGCCCUAUGGCUGUGCGUCCACCAAAGAGAAAGGCCUACUGGUGCAAGAGGCUGGGAAGAUGAGGCCCAGCCAGGAAGUGAGGGAAGAGGAAGAGGAAGCAGCGGAGAGGGCCCACAAGUCUGAGGUGCGGCAACAGACCAUCCAGGAGCAGCUCCACAGCCGGCUCCGCCAGGAGGAGGACAACGAGGAGGAGGAGGAGGAGGAGGAGAAAAGGAAGAGCAGGCCCAUGGAACCCUUUGAAGGCCUGUGGAAGCGGCACCUAGACGGUGGAGGGGGGCCCCAGAAGCGAGGGGCAGAGCAGGCCAGUGAGGAGGAGACAGCCCAGUUCGAGGCGGAGGAGAAGGGCAUGCAGGUGCUCAGCGGGGGCCGCAGCCUGUGGCAGGGGGGCGGAGAAGAGGGGCACGAGCACUCACCGCACCACCGCCACCACCAGCAGUCAGAAGCUGAGCCCAAGCAGGAGAAGAAGGAAGAGGCUUCGGAGAGGAAGGAGCACGACAUGGAGCGGCUGGAGCACGUGAGAGAGGAGCUAAAGAAGGCAACGGAGAUGCUGGGGGAGAUCAGGAGGGAGGGAUGA